AUACUGUGUGGAAUUUGAAGUUCUCAAAGCAUCAAAAGCCUGCAGGAAAGAGGAAAAUUUCAAAACACUAAAAGAAGGUGAUAGAGUCUGCGUAAGAUGCGAGUCGGAAGCCCUCCACGAAAACCUAGAAUGGAGAUGUCAAGGUCAUGGGGUUGAAGGACGUGUCACUCGAUGGUCGGCCCUUUCUGCUCCGCACUGUCACGGAAAAUGGCUCAGAGCUCAUUCUGAAUCUGAUAAGACAUGCUCGAAAAAUACUUGCAAAAACGGAGUUGGUUUUAUUUUCGUCUGAGAAAGUGCCAAGAGCUUCCACGAGAAAUAUUACAAUGAAUUAAACUGACUUUGUAUGUUAGCAUCACUAUCGUUCAUUCAUAAUGUUAAAUAAUAUUAUUUACUAUGAUUUAUUGUAUUCAAAGCACUCACAUAAGUUACUGGUUUGUUUUUUUUAAUAGACUGAUUAUGAAUAA